AUGCCUCGAAAGUCUGCUUCAGAGACCUUUCACGACGCCAAAAGCAAUGUCCGAGCCAAAGCAACCUCGAUCAAGGCAUGGGAGCUACCUAAGCAACCGACAACCUUCGCACCAGAUGGUACAUGGACGAAUAUUGAUAACGAUGUAACACCAGUUGAACGUCGGAUCUGGGGUCACUGGGCAUUGCUAGGUUACUGGAUGAGUGAUAUCUUGUCCGCACAAUCAUGGGAAGGUGCAUCAACAGUCAUAUCAGGAGGUUUGACUUAUAAAGAAGCUCUUCUAUGUCUCAUCAUGGGAACAUUCAUUAUUGCAAUUCCAAUCUCUUUCAACGGCUCUAUCGGUGCCAAAUUACGCGUUCCCUAUCCCGUUGCCGCUCGCUCAAGCUUCGGAUAUGUCUUCUCAAGAGUCCCCGUCGUUAUUCGAAUGGUGACCGCUCUGUUUUGGCAUGCAAUUCAAACAUAUGCCGGGUCAACCGCCAUGACACAAGUCAUCCGCGCAAUCUGGCCUUCGUAUUUGAAUAUUCCGAACCACCUCCCGGAAAGUGCAGGAAUCACAAGCCAGCAGCUCCUGUCACAUUUCAUAUUUUGGACAAUUCAGCUUCCUUUCCUAUUAACACCACCCCACAAAUUACGAUGGUUUUUUGUAUUCAAGGGUAUCUUCGUUACUGCGGCCGCGGUAGGGACGGUAAUUGGCAUGUGCAAGUUGGCCGGUGGUAGUGGUGAUAUCUGGGAUCAGAAGCCACAAUAUACAGGAUCGACUCGCUCGUGGAUGAUCUUGUCCUACAUGACUUCCUUGAGCGGAGGAUGGGCUACAAUGGCAACAAACAUCCCUGACUAUACGCGGUACCUGAAGAAGCCACGCGGAAUUUGGCUUCAAGCCCUACUUGUCCCAGCCGUGUGUACUUUCAUUGGUGUACUGGGCAUCAUCUCAACAAGUGCCAGCAAGGUUCUGUAUGGCUCAUAUAUCUGGGAUCCCUUGGAGCUUGCAAGCCAUUGGGAAGGCCCAGGUGGUCGAGCCGCAGCAUUUUUCGUUGGUCUCGCCUGGGUUGUUGCCCAAAUCGGGGUCAACGUAUCAGCAAAUGUGGUCUCCUUUGCCAACGACUUGACAUCUCUGUGCCCACGCUAUAUCAAUAUUCGGCGUGGAGCGGUAGUCGCUACCAUUAUUGGUGGCUGGGUCAUGGUUCCCUGGAAGAUAGUCUAUUCUGCAACAAGUCUCAUCAACUUCAUGGGCGCGUUGUCUAUUUUCCUAUCGCCCAUCGCUGCCAUAUUAAUCGCCGAUUUCUGGGUCAUAAAGCGUCAGGCUAUCGACGUUCCUGCGCUAUACCGUCCGCAUGCGCGCUAUCACUAUGUGAAAGGUUGCAAUUGGCGCGCAGCAGCAGCCUUGCUUAUUUCACUCGGUCCCAAUCUGCCGGGCCUCGUUAAUGCAGUGAACCCUGCCGUCGACAUUGGAGGAGCCGAAAAGAUCUACAACUUUAAUUAUUUAUGGGGCUUUUCUAGUGCAUUUGUGGUCUAUGUAGUAUCUAGUUAUGUUUUUCCAGUUCCCGAGACGCUGAUUUCUGUCACUAUUCAUGAUGAUGGGAAUGUAUUUGUUGGGCAGCACGUGUCGGAGAAGGAGAUUCUUACUCAAGAGGCAUUGCCAGAGAAGCAAGUAUAG